CAACCCAAAACAGUUCAGUAGGCGGCAGGCCUUCAACCAGUGAGGUGGUGUGUGUAAGAGCUCGCGACGCACCAUAAAAAACAACUGGUGGUGGCCGGGCUGAUGGGCGGCGUGCAGGCGGCGGCGUGGUGGCGGGUGGCGGCCGUGGUGGUGGUGGUGGCGGCGGCGGCGGGCGGGGCGGGGGCGCUGCGCUGCUACAAGUGUAACAACUGCAUCAAGUACGAGCUGAGCCAGUCCCAGACGUGCGACGCGAAGCACACCCACUGCAUGAAAAUGCACAUGGAGACCGGGCAGGUGCAACGAAGCUGUGGCACCGAGGAAAUGUGUACCAACAGCGAGACGGAGCUCAAGACUCGCUACACGGACGUCUCGUGCUGCACCGAAGACAACUGCAACUCGGCCCCCAGCCACCUACACAUGCCCGUGCUGCCUCAACUCCUGCUAGCGCUGCUCCUGCCCGCCGCUAGAUUCUUCCUGCACUUUUACUAGUAACUUGGUCAACGUUCUGGUUUGAGAUGAGAGCUGGCGUUGGAGACAUGAGCUGGCGGACGCCCAGUUACCCAACUCGCCCAUUAUAUGGCUUCUGACGAAUGAUGAUUUAUAUUGGAGUAGAAGUGCUGGGUAUAUUUUGCUCUUCUAAAUGUUUUGAGUAUUUAUUAAUUCAUGAUUUCUUACAUUUCAUCCACGUUACCCAAAACUUGAUUGAGUAUUGGAAGGAUUUUCAGAAAGAAAUUAGCAAUAUAUAUAUAAUUCAUUUAUGUAUCUACAUUUACAUAUAAGUGAUAACACCUCCCAUAUAAUUCCUGUUUCAUACACGGCGAAAAUCUCCUUAACUGCAGUCUAUUUUUUUCGCAUGUGUUUCGACUUCUCUUCGAGAGACGCAACCAACACAUGGUGUCGUACGAUCGUUAUUAUAUCCAUCGGUAUAUUCGUAACUAGUGGAGGUGCAUGAACGAGAGGGUAGGUUAAGAGGGUUCAGGGUUCAUGCUGGGACGCUCCAACCUUGCCGGCUUCCAUAUUGUGCAGUAUUGUGCAGUACUCCUUGUUAACGUGUGAUAGUGGUUGUGCCCGCGGAGGAAGCAGGGCAUCCAGAGCUCUCACGUUUUGGUGCCCAGUUACCUCACUGUAUUGGCAUAGUGUUCCCGAACGUCUGUCCAUGUGUUGUUUUGAUCAGUCUUUCUGCUAAGCACUGUACGUAUUGUUUGUUAUAUUAUUGUUAUAGGGAUUAACAUUAUGAUAAAUGCAUUUUGAAUUGUGAGACGUGUGUGUGUGUGUGUGUGUGUGUGUGUGUGUGUGUGUGUGUGUGUGUGUGUGUGUGUGUGUGUCAUUACUCACUCUUUACCUGCCCAACAGUUGCACUAAAAAUUCAUUUCAGUUUUGAUUAAUGAAUAUAUUGCAAAGCAUAACCCGUAAGCCUUGUAACCCUCUCCUUCAGUCAUAAUGUCGAGCCUGUGCGUUCGUCCCCGCGUGGAAUUUGUGUAGGUGUAGUGACAACCUCAAGUCUUGCGUGUCUGGAAGCUUCAGAGCCUGUGAUUGGGGAGGGUAAGAUAACAAUCUUGUUUUUAGAUGAACGCAAGGUCGCCACAUGUGUAGGUGAAAUUAUAUAUGUUUUUCUGGCAUGCUUUGUUCCAUGAUAAUCCACUUGAUGUCCUGAGUGUAAACAUUGUCAUUUUAAGGUAAAGGCCGGCGUGAAACUCAGUAGCAUUAAUGUUUCAUUGCUCAGUUAAGUUUUCUCCAGUUACUGUGACUGUUGAAAAUUCUUUCGUACCGGGCAUGACUGUGCUGGCUGUCGUCCUGCCACGUCCUUCCCGUCUGCCCUUCACCACGGCAGGACGCGAACUUUUUUUUAUGCACGGACGUUUACAAAUCACAUGAGCGUCUUUCGUGCAUGCUCCCGUGUCACCAGCAAGGUUGACAACGUUGACAUAAUAUCCUUGUUCCUGGUUGUUAUACAAAAUAUUAGCCUCGGUCGAUUGAUUAGUUAAAACAGCAAACAGUUCAGUUCAAUUCAAUAACUGUGAAGGUGACACUCACCCCACGCUGGGUCGUGUACACCGACAUAAUUAUUUGGUAAAGUGUGGAAAUUGGUUACUAUGAUGGAACUUCAUCUCUCAUUACUAAACUCCAUGAAAUAUAAAAGCAAAAGACGCUCGUGUGAUUUGUAAAUGUCCGUGCAUAACAGAACAAAAAUAUAUUGAUUGUGACCAUGAUGUUUAAAUCAUUAUUGUUACUAUUUAAUAAAUAAGUGCAACCUAUAGACAAAUCUGGUGUAAUAUACCCCACUACUUGAAGAUAUAUUCAUUAGCUUCCUUAAAGACAUUGGCUCUCUAACUACAAAGCUGCUACUAAACUUCAUCAAUUAAAGAUGUAACAUAUUCUUCCCAUCUAAGUGCGUGCCAACUCAGUCCCUCCAACUCACUGGGGGGACCCUGUCUUUCGUUCCAUCUAAUUCGUAUCCUCCAAACAUUCUCGGAGUCUAGGAAGUCUCUCAUACUUUCAGCCACUCGACAGUUACUACUCCAAACAUACAACCGCAGCUGGUAUUGCAUUUCCCUGCCAAACACAUCACCCACAGCCUGCGUCCACCAUUCUACUGUUCUCCAGUUCUACUCUUCACUCUAGGGUCUUCGUUCUAGCUCUAAAAAGUAGGUCCUCAUAAUUAAACCAUCAGAGAGACUUUCAUAUACUUGGUUAGUCCUUCCCUUUAUACCAUUCCAGUGUUCAUUUCUCACUCAUUCCCCGCUGCCAUCCUUCCUCUCCUCUCUCUUCCACACGCCUGUUUACUUCUGCUUUCCACACAUCCAUACUCCCAUUUCUCAUGCACCGCUCACAAGCAUUCCUAGUUAUCCCACCCACAUUUUCACUGAGUCUUUCAUCCACUUUCAUGCAUGUCCCAUUCAUAUACCUUUCCUGCCCCUUCGGCUCCACCCAAUCUCACCUGGUUUACUCACCGGGUGGGCUUCCGGGCCCCACAAUCCACACGACGAGGAGAGGCACAAGUGCUUGUAAAAAAGCUGGACAGUGCAUCAUAUGCAGACGACUUUUAUUAGAGAUUAAGAAAUUGGGUUAAAAGCUAUAGACCACUCAGUGGUAUUCUAAAAGUUUGUCCCCAGGAUGUUGAGCUAGUGGUGAUUUAAAUGUAAAUGGAGAUUGGAGGAUGACUAGGGAUUCUGGGAGGGAGUUCCACAAAGAUAUUCCUCUGGCACUAUAUGUCAAGGCAACCACUUUUCCAUGCCUCCUGAAAGAGUAGAGUGCUUGUUUCAUUGGCCUCAGUGAGUGUGAGGGAGUGUCGGCUACUUAGAUUGCCCUCGGCCGACCACUAGUUUCCCUUUACCGGAUUCGGGAGUGCUUCAGAGCUUCAGGCGAUUGCUUCAUAGAAGCCUAUGAGAAGUUGCCUCUCACCCAUGGGCCAGCGCGUCUACUGUGAGGAACACAGUCAGACUCCGCACCGGUACCAUCGCUCUUCUGUCUGCUGUUCGUUCCCUCUGAGGUCGAACGGCCUGGGCUACCCUUCGACUCUCUCCAGUAAUCUCCUGUUACCAUAUUUCGGGAGCACAAACCCGAGUCCUCAGGUAAGGUGUAUCACUUGUUGUGUGGCGAGCCAGUGACAGUUGGGCGAAAAGAGGGCUACAUCCUGCUGAGUGAAGAUAACUCUGUCAGCCGAAGCCAUGCAACCCUAACUCUCACUCAUCCGCGUACCAACCUGG